CAGCCGGGCUCGAGGAACGCCUGCUUGGGUGACUGACCUCUGAUCUUGACCUGGAGUCAUGGCCAUGGCAACCAAAGGAGGUACCAUCAAAGCUGCUUCUGGAUUCAAUGCCACCGAAGAUGCCCAGACACUAAGGAAGGCCAUGAAAGGGUUGGGCACUGAUGAAGAUGCCAUUAUUAGCGUCCUUGCCUACCGCAACACGGCCCAGCGCCAGGAAAUCAGGACGGCCUACAAGAGCACCAUCGGCAGGGACCUGAUAGAUGACCUGAAGUCAGAACUGAGUGGCAACUUCGAGCAGGUGAUUGUGGGGAUGAUGAUGUCCACUGUGCUGUACGACGUGCAGGAGCUGCGAAGGGCCAUGAAGGGGGCCGGCACAGAUGAGGGCUGCCUAAUUGAGAUCCUGGCCUCCCGGACCCCUGACGAGAUCCGGCGCAUAAGCCAGACCUACCAGCAGCAAUACGGACGGAGCCUUGAAGACGACAUUCGCUCCGACACAUCAUUCAUGUUCCAGCGAGUGCUGGUGUCCCUUUCGGCUGGUGGUAGGGAUGAAGGAAAUCAUCUGGAUGAUGCUCUCAUGAGGCAAGAUGCCCAGGACCUGUAUGAGGCUGGAGAGAAGAAAUGGGGGACAGAUGAGGUGAAAUUUCUAACUGUUCUCUGUUCCCGGAAUCGAAAUCAUCUGUUGCAUGUGUUUGAUGAAUACAAAAGGAUAUCCCAGAAGGACAUUGAACAGAGUAUUAAAUCUGAAACAUCUGGUAGCUUUGAAGAUGCUCUGCUGGCUAUAGUAAAAUGCAUGAGGAACAAAUCUGCAUACUUUGCUGAAAGACUUUAUAAAUCCAUGAAGGGCUUGGGCACCGAUGAUAACACCCUCAUCAGAGUGAUGGUUUCUCGAGCAGAGAUUGACAUGCUGGACAUCCGGGCACAUUUCAAGAGGCUCUAUGGAAAGUCUCUGUACUCGUUCAUCAAGGGCGACACGUCCGGAGACUACAGAAAAGUCCUGCUCAUUCUUUGUGGAGGAGAUGAUUAAAAUAAAAUCCCAGAAGGAUAGGAGAAUUCUCAGCACUUCAAUUUUUUUAACUUCAUUUUUGUACACUGCUAUUAGCAUUAUCUCAGAACGCUUAUUUCCAAUUAAAACGCCUACUGUUGCCUCCUAAGAUGUGAACGUCUGUAUUAUUAUUCUUCUAUAAUUAGUCAUUAAGAUGCUUUAAAGCCGUAUUUGCAUUUCAAAACAUAUAAGGCCUAAACGGAGAUUUAAAAUUAGAAAUAAAAAGGUACUACCAUGUUUUUAACAGAUUACUUCCUCAUCUGUGUUUCAGAGAAAUUGAAUCUAUUAAACUAUUUCAUACUUUC